AUGGCACGAUCCGCUUCAGACGCGACGCGCUUCACCUCGACAGGACCUCAUGCCGCCACAAAACCUGCCGGCGGCGCGACCAAUUUCUCUGCGAACCCAGCAAUGUCUUCAUCAGCAACGCAAAUAAACUUUGGCUCAUCGCCUGCACCGUCGGGAGAGACACCGCAGCAGAAGAUUGCUCGGUUACGAGCAGCUGCAGCGCUGGCGAAACAAGGAAAGGAGAGCUCCUUUGACAAGACGGUCCGCAUAGGUCGCGUAUGGGCAGACAGGGCACACCGCGUGACUGCAAUCACGCUGAUUGGAUUUACCGUCGUCAGUGCAAUCGUGGCGACGGCGGGAAUCACCGAUAUGAUGUUACACAACCGGAGACGGAGAAAGGAGUGGUUUGCGGAGAAGCAGGCCGAAAGUGCGAGGGCAUUCGCCGUGGCAAAACAGGCUGAGGCAGCUGGAGUUGCGACAGAGGACCAGAUGCUGUUGAUCAAUCGUGCAGUAGUGACGAUGCAGGCGGAGGCUGCGAAGAAGAACCGCCCAGGCAUUUUCAAAAGGGCAGGAACCUGGCUAGGCCUUUCGGAGGAGGAAACAAAGGGUGGGAGACUGAGCCAGGCAGCGGCUUCAACUACGGAGUUCGUGUCAGAUUCGAUACAAGACGGAGCUGCUACCGUUGCAGAAGAGGGCAGAGGAGUGCUACAUGCGGUGGAGCAGAAAAUGGAGGAGAACAGGAGGCAUACGGAGCACCUACAACAAACAAAUCUGGUCGGAGGACCUCUCGAUCGCCAAGCUCAAGUGGCUGUUGACACCCUUUCCGACAAGACAAGCAGUUGGACGGGAUGGAUCAGCAGGAAAUAG